AUGCAUUUCGGCUGGGCUUUGAUAUUAUUCUUGACCUUCGUCGAAGCUGGCAGGGAUUUCUACAAGAUCCUGGGAGUGCCGAGAAAUGCAAACACCAACCAGAUAAAGAAAGCCUACCGGAAAUUGGCCAAAGAACUUCAUCCGGACAGAAAUAAGGACGAUCCAAUCUCACAAGAGAAGUUUCAAGAUCUUGGAGCUGCUUAUGAGGUAAGCUAAAGAGUUUCAGUACUGAAUUUUCUUUUAGGUAUUGAGUGAUUCGAAAAAGAGGAAAGUCUACGAUCGCCAAGGAGAAGAAGGUGUUAAGAACAUGGGCGAUGGAGGAUUCGGGAGAGGAGGUCAUGAACCUUUCUCCAGUUUCUUCGGAGAUUUCUUUGGAGGGGGUCAUGAAGAAUCUGAUGAGGUUCCCAAAGGCGCUGAUGUUGUUAUCGAUUUAUAUGCUACAUUGGAUGAGGUUUACAAUGGAAACUUUGUCGCCAUAAAGAGAAAGAAGUCCGUUUACAAACAAACUUCUGGCACCAGGGAAUGUAAUUGUCGCCAUGAGAUGAGAGCCCAGCAAUUGGGAGGUGGCCAUCUUCAGAUGUUCCAGGUUAGAGUUUGCGAUGAGUGUCCAAAUGUCAAACUGAUACAAGAAACAAAACAUCUAGAGGUAAGGAGUUGUCGUGAACAUUAUUAUUGAUGCUUAGGUUGAAAUCGAAAUUGGCGCGGAUGAUGGACAUGAACAAAGAUUCUCUGGAGAAGGUGAACCUCAUGUUGACGGUGAGCCUGGAGACUUGGUUGUUAGGCUGAAGAUCCACAAACAUAAUGUCUUCGAGAGGAGAGGAUUGGAUUUGUAUACUAAUGUGACCAUCUCUCUUCAACAAGCACUCUCUGGGUUCGAAAUGGAUAUUACUCACUUGGAUGGACAUAAAGUACACGUCUCUAGGGAAAAGGUAUAUCUUCACUGAGCUCUUUGGGUCUUUUUGGACAUUUGAAUGGUUUACAAAAAUCCGUUAAGUAAUCUUGGCUCUUAUUUAUAUUGUUUUAGGUAACCUGGCCCGGUGCUCGGAUCCGCAAGAAGGACGAGGGUAUGCCAUCUCUCGAAGACAACAACCGGAAGGGAAUCCUUUACAUUACAUUCGAUGUGGAGUUCCCGCAAGGUCAAUUCAAUGAAGAACAGCAAAAACUGAUCGCCGAACUGCUACAACAAUCAGAACACAAACCAAAAAUAUACAACGGGCUUCAAGGAUUCUAG